AAAGGCAACAACAAGCAAACCAUCCACAGCACACCGCAAACAAAACAAGAAAAGCGAUAUCUCCAAAGCCUAAGCAUCACCGCUAAAAAAAAAAAAACUGCCAUGGGAGAUCUCGGAGAAGCUUUUAUCCAAGCUCCAGAACACAGACCCAACACACACCUCAUUAACUCCGGUGAUCUCAUUUCCCCCGACGAGAUCCCGACCAUCGACCUCUCUUUCCUCGGACAUCCAGAUCAUGACAAGACGGCCAUCGCCAAGGAGAUUGCAGAGGCAUGCCAGAGAUGGGGAUUUUUCCAGGUGGUCAACCACGGCUUGCCUUCGGAUUUAAGGCGUCGUGUAGAUGAGACAAUGGCUGAGUUUUUCAACCUAACGACGGAAGAGAAGAGGAAAGUGAAAAGAGACGAAGUGAAUCCUAUGGGUUACCAUGACGAGGAACACACCAAGAACAUUAGAGACUGGAAAGAGAUUUUUGAUUACUUUUUACAGGAUUCGACGAUAGCUCCGGCGACAACCGAGCCGGAAGAUACUGAUCUCAGAAAGCUCACCAACCAGUGGCCUCAAAACCCUUCUCAUGGUAGAGAGAUAUGCCAAGAAUAUGCAAGAGAAGUUGAGAAGUUAGCUUUUAAGCUCUUGGAACUUAUCUCCAUUAGUUUGGGUCUACCUGGUGAUCGCUUAGCCGGCUUCUUCAAUGACCAAACUAGUUUUGUGCGGUUUAACCAUUACCCUCCUUGCCCGAACCCCGAGCUAGCAUUAGGUGUUGGACGCCACAAAGACGCAGGAGCAAUAACCGUCCUCGCCCAAGAUAGUGUAGGUGGGUUACAAGUGAGUCGUAGAUCCGAUGGACAAUGGUUCCCCGUGACACCGAACCCGGACGCUUUGAUCAUUAACAUUGGCAAUUGUAUUCAGGUUUGGACAAAUGAUAAGUAUUGGAGUGCAGAGCAUAGAGUGGUGGUGAACUCAAGCAAAGAGAGGUUCUCAAUACCCUUCUUCUUUUUCCCGUCACAUGAAGUCAACAUUGAACCAUUGGAAGAGCUUAUAAGUGAAGACAACCCGCCUUGUUACAAAAUGUACAAUUGGGGAAAGUUCUUUGUUUCAAGAAACAGAAGUGAUUACAAGAAGCUCGAGGUUGAGAACAUCCAGAUUGAUCACUUCAAGGCUUAGUUAAGCACAUUAAUAAUAUCUAAGUCGUAUGUUAAUUUCUCGUGGUUCUUUAUAUAUAUUUGGUCAAUCAAGUUCAGAUUUGUUUUUUUCUCUAAAACAAAUAUGCAGUUGUAUCUUCCUAAUAAAUGUUUAAUAAAAAUGCAAGCGUGACUUUUCAUGUUUAA